AUGAAUCUAACCGAUCUUCAAUUUGCGGACGAUACCAUCAUCUUCUAUCAAGCUGAUUGGGGCAAGGUUGUAAACAUCAAGAGGCUAUUGCGUUGCUUUAAGCUUAUUUCAGGAUUAAAGAUCAACUUUCAUACGAGUAUAGUGGGAGGAGUUAGGGUGGAUGAUAGUCUUUUGGAUGAUUUUUCUUUAGUUUCAAAUUGCAAAGCUUAUAAAUUCCCAGUGAAAUAUCGAGGCCUCCCUUUGGAGGCAAAUCCUAGGCUGAAAAAGACUUGGCAACCAGUGUUGCAAAAACUUAAAUCUAAGUUGGCUUCAUGGAAAAGAAAGAUGCUGGUGGCAGUAAUUGAUAAAAUUCGGAGUGGUUUUUUGUGGCGAGACAACGAUGUUGAGAAGAAGCUACAUUUGGUAAAGUGGGAGAAGAUGACUAAAGGGAAGGAGUUUGGAGGGUUAGGCCUUAGAAACAUUAGAGUGAUGAAUGAUGCUUUCAUUUGA